AACUAACUCCUUUUAAUAUACCAUAUUACAAAAUAGUAAAAGUAUAUGUUAUAUGUUAAAAGAAGGGAUUGCUCUUUAUUUUUCUUCAUCCCCUUAAGCUCCAAAAAAAGCUUUAAAAAAUGAAUAUAUUGAAUAUUAAAUCAUAAAAUAUGUAACUCAAAUUCAUACUAUAAGCCAUUAAAUAAAUAAAACUCUCUUCAUUAUAUUCCUCCAAAAUCAAUAUUCUUUCUUUUGAUCUCUCUCAAUAAUAAACAAACAUAUCAUACAUAAAAUCAGCACAUCCAACAAGCCAAAGAGAACAAACCAGACAUACAGUCCCACAGCCACAGAAAGAAGAAAUGCAAGAUCUUUUCCCUGUUCCUUCUUGCUUCUCCUCAUCAAUCUCCAGCAACAGCCUCUUCUCCUCCUCCUCCUCCUUCCCCUCCCCCAAACUCGCCCAAAACUUAGUCAUCCUCAUCUACCGCACCAAAGCAGCCGGCCACUUCACCCUCAUCACCAUCACAUGGUGCCGAAACCUCCUCACACGAGGCCUCUCCAUCUCCAUCAAUGGCGACAAUCAAACCAACAGUAGUUGCAAAGUAGAGAUGCGGCCAUGGCAUUUCUGGCGCCGCCAUGGCUCUAAGCGUUUCACCAUUCAAGGAAAUAAGCCAGUCGACGUUAUUUGGGACCUCAGAAACGCCAAAUUCUGCGAUGAAGAUAACUCCUCACCAGAGCCUUUGUCUGAUUACUAUGUCGCAGUUGUUUCAGACAAUGAAGUGGUUCUGCUUCUUGGUGAUCUUAAGAAGGAAGCUUACCGGAGAACAGGCUCGCCGCCUGCUGUUAUUGAAGCUAUGCUGGUUUCAAAGAAAGAGCAUGUGUUUGGGAAGAAGAGAUUUGUUACACGAGCUAAGUUUGAUGAGAAAGGGAGAUUCCAUGAGGUUUCUAUAGAGUGUGAAAUAAGCUCCUCUGUCAUGAAUAUGGAGUCUGAAAUGGUGAUCAAGAUUGAUGGGAUGGAAGUGGUUCAUGUGAGGCAUUUGCAGUGGAAAUUUAGAGGGAAUGAGAUAAUUUCUUUGAGUAAGGUGAAGCUGGAAGUGUACUGGGAUGUUCAUGGUUGGCUUUUUACCCCGGCUAGUGGGUUAAGGCAUGCAUUGUUCAUAUUCAAGCCAUCAUUAUCUUCUUCUUCUUCUUCUUCUUCUUCUUCUUCUUUGAGUUCUCUGAUGGGAGGAAAUGGAUGUAGUAGUUAUUCUGAUUUCUGUCUUUUUCUGAACGCUUGGAAGCUGGUUGAGUGAUGUGAUGGCUUUGUUGGGAUUGGUUGAUUUGUAAGUGAUUCGAUAAAAGCUUUUAUCAAGCUAAUAGAAAGGUAACUGACAGAAUUCAAUGCGUGGUGGAGUCGAUGAAAAUUCUUUCAUGUUUGUGUAAGAACUUUAUUAUUAUUAUGAUUGUAUGAUCCGAGUUUUUAAUUGGAAAGACUGCAAUGCCU